AGCGACCCAACAACAACACUUCGUCAUCUUUCACAAACCUCGUCGUCGCCCCCUUAAUUCACAACACCAGAGACACUCCGAGCUCUGAUACUGGGUACACGCAUGAUUCCUCCCCAGUCUUGAGAUCAUUGGGAAACUCAUCGCGAAUUUUGCCAGUUGGAGCUCAAUACAGCCGUGUGAGGCAUCCUUCAUCGUCAUCUGGGAUUGCUACGGCGUCUGACACCACAGGAGUUAUAAUGCAGAGGUGGCCCACAUCUGUAAUGAAUUACAGGUAUCUCAAAUCUCUUCAACCACUCGCUGCCUUUUUGCCCACUGGAAGAACAAAUUUCUAUGAUAAGUCUCUCCAAAGUCCAAAGUGUAACUUUGGAUUGGUAACCACAGAUGGAAGGCACCCCGCUACUUUGUAUGGUGAGUGCCUCUCACUCACAGUUCCUCAAGUGUGGUCUCAUACUUCACAAAGGAGCCUCUGGGCAUGGCUUAAUGCCAUCUUUAACAAAGUAGAUGAAAGCAGAGUUAAAGAAGUUGGCCCAGACAGAGCUUGUGCAGAAUGGUUACUACGGUGUGGAGCAGUUGUCAAGUGGCACAGCAGUGGUAAAUGGACCAAAGACUACAAUACCUUGCCACCAACAGGUGGCAGCCUCCUCAAAAUUGAAGAAAUAGAUGCCACUGAUUCGGCAGUAAUGCACAUUGGCUUUCCUCAUUUCAAAGGUUGCAAGCAUAUCCGUCGCAUUGUGUUUCAUAAGGCAUCUUACCUUGAUGAUGCAGGACUAAGCCAGUUGCCACUGCUGUGUAACUCUCUGAAAGAACUUCAAAUAUCUUCAUGUGGUAAUGUUACUGCAGAUGGACUAAGACACUUGGGAAAGUUAAAAAACUUAGAACACCUCCUCCUGUAUGACCUUCCGGAGAUUACCAACAAAGAUGCCAUACUUCAAGAAUUGGAAGAGGCUCUACCCAAGUGUACAAUUGUAUUUCCAUAUGCACUUGCCAAAGAUGACCCAAGUUUGAAAACCAAGGAAUAGUGAUAAAAAACUUUACACCAAUUUCUUAAUCUAGUACAAUAAAUGUGAAUUUUUACCAUAGAAUUAAUUAAUAGGGAAAUUAGUAAACAAACUUGACUAAACUUCAUUUAUUUGUACAAAAUGUUUAAUAUGUGUUAUUUUGUCUUAUAACAUUAUAAUUUUGCUGAAUCCUGGAUCUUAAUUGGAGAUAAAAGGUUGAGGUUGUUUUGUAAAUAAACUGCAUACACUUAAA